UUCUGCUCUUUGUGCAUCGCCUGCCGAGACACACCAGAGUGUCUGGAAAAAGCUCCAUUCUGCAUCAAUGCCAUCCUUCCCAGUGCUGCCAUUCCUGUCGGCAAGAAGGUGUAUGGCUACUUCUUCAUCACUUUUCUUAACCUGCAAACAUGUCUGGUGAAGGUGGACGAACUGGUGGCAAAAAUGCCAAAGGCAGAGCACUACGAGAGGGACAUGCAACCUUUUGAAUUCCAAACCGAAACCCAGUGUGAUCCUGCACUCGAAAUAGCCAUCACUCAACCGAAACACGGCAAAAUUGGGCUAAAAGGAAACAGAAGGAUUCUUCGAAGUCAGGUAGACUUUUUCAUAAGGAAGAAGAUUUCAGAGGAUGAGUUGCAGUCUCAGGAGUGCAGAGAUCUCUACCCUCCUCGAUUCCGAGUGUUCUUCUCCUGCUCACAAAGAGGUGCCGCUCUGAGUGACGCCAAGAUUGCCUUCAUUGGAGCCACAAAUGAUCCCGAAUUUGACAUAUACCUUGAAUUUCCGGACCACGAAUUAUCUGGCAACAACACUGAGGUGCAAACUGUUGCUGAAAAACUGCUAGAUAUUAAUGACCUUUUUAAAGUGAAGUCCAAACUCAUUGGAGCGACCAACAGAUGGAAGGACAUUGGAUUAGCUCUAGGACUGAAGAACUCUCAACUGGACUCUAUUCUGAGCAAUAGCAAAACCACCGAAGAGUGUCUUACAGCCAUGUUGACCGACUGGCUGAACAAAGCCUAUGACACGGCCGAGCAUGGAGAGUCAACCUGGCAGAAACUGGCCAAGGCUGUUUGUGCUCCAGCUGGGGGUAAUAAUCCUGCUCUGGCCAACAGCCUUCCACCCAUUGCAGAAGUCACAACCCGGACUCUUUGCUAAUUAAUUGGAAUUCUCACUGCUAAUUUGUAAUUUGGGAAUAUCCCUUGGGUGGUCCCAGUGUGUAUUUUG